AAUAUAAAUUAGAAAACAAAAAUCGGCAGAAAGCCGAAAUCCAAGAGGAUUAUGACUCCAUCGCAGAGAACUCGCCCUAUGUCUCACGUUCAGAAGAUUUUCUUUUCUAUAUCGCUAAUCUGAAUCGAUUUCGACUUCGAAUGCGUCGUUUCUCGUCUGGGUUCAAACACAGAGAAAUCAGGAGCUUGUUAUUCUCAAGCCGGCAGAGAAAACAAGAUCUUGUCAAAGAUGAGCUGCUAGGUGUCACUCCUCCUCACCCAGCUGGAGAGCCUAUCAAAUGGAUACACAAAACGUCGCACCGAUCUCGCAAAAGAGCUGCCCGCUUGAGGCGAGAACGCGAGCGUUGGCACCCAAAUCAACGACCAACGAUUGUGUUCUAUGGCUCCAGCAGAAUGCCGCAUUUCCCGGGAUGGGCCCCAAUCCCCCAUUUGGGACUUAUUAAAAAAUUGGCUUCACACAUGCUGCUGAUACUGACGGACGAGUACAACACUUCUCAAGUUCACGCAGGGUGUCAGCAACGGCUAACAAGUAUUCCAUAUGACGAGGAGGUUUGCGGACACAGAAAAACAAGAGAACGUGCAACGUACUGGGUUGAAGGACCUCAAGGCGGCUUCAUUCCAAAGAGGUAAAGGAAAAUAAAAGUACUGUCGAGACCAGAGAUUGGGUGAUGUGGAAGAUUAAAGCUUGUAAUAACCAUCCAGAGCUUUAUCCAAAGGCUGUGAUUGUAGACCGGGAUAAAAAUGCGGCAUUGAACAUAAGAAGCAUAGGCAUAGCCUAUAUGAAUAAUGAUGGACAUCCAGACUUUCGACCAGAGGCAUUCCUACCACCAGGUGGACAGCUCCCUCAACAAGCGCAACUUCAAGAAGAUCAAGAAGAACAGGAGGAACC